AUGAUAAAUCCUGGUUGUGAUACAAUUUUCAAUGAUUAAGAAACUUAUGAGAAUCUAAAUUUUUUAACUCAACCAAUUAAGAAAAUUUUCUUAAGUAAUGAAUUGACAAUACCAAAAAUAUUUAGUAAAAGUAAUUUUUAGUAAGAACUCAUUUUCUUAAUUAUAGAACUCCUAAAACUAAAGAAAUAUCACUCAAUAAUUCAGAAUAAAAAUGUUUCUAGAAGUUCCAAUAAUACAUUGCAAAUCAAAAUGACUCUUAAAUAUAAAUAAGCUAAGAUAAAUCUAAUACUCACAACUUAAAUAAAUGGUAUGUUUAACUUAUUCCAUUCAUAUAGAAAAUCAUACACUAUAUUAUAAUUUAAAUUUAAAUAUCAUAUAUUCGAAAUAUUAAAACCUUAUUAAAUUUUAUUUGAUUCAAUAUUUUAUAAUAGGAAUUAAGAAAGCAAGCCAUGUAAUUGUAAGAAAAGUAAAUGUUUGAAAUUAUAUUGUGAUUGUUUUGCUGCAGGUAAAUUAUGUUCUUCAAAAUGCAAUUGUUGUGGAUGUUUUAAUAAUAGUUCCAAUAUGAAUGAACGAAACUCUUUUAUUCAAAAAAUGAUUGAAAGAAAUCCUUAAGCAUUCAAUUAAAAAGUUUAGGAAAUUGAAUAAAAAUUAACACAUUCUAAAGUAAAAUAUAUUAAUUUCUUAUUUUAGGGAUGUAAUUGUAGAAAAAGUGGAUGUUAAAAAAAAUAUUGUGAAUGUUAUUAAAUGGGGAUUGAAUGUUCAGAUAAUUGUAAAUGUGAUGGAUGCUUAAAUUGUAGUUCAAAUACAUUCCCUAAAUAAUAAGAUACAUCAGAUUUUUAAUCAAAUUUAAAUCGUAAACUCAAUUUUUGA